CUUCCCUUCCUCAGUGAGCCACUCCCAUGGCAGUACAGCAGAGCAGCCAACGGAGCAGCAAACACAGUUGGCCACGGGACAGAAAUCCAACUGACAAGUCCUUGCAGACAACAGAUCCUUAUUACAUUUUGGUCUUCCACAAGCUGUCACUGUUCAGAAGCCUUCAUCAGCUGUGUGCCAAAGGAUGCUCAAGGCUGCAAUAUUCAAGCAUCUAUUCCACAAGGGACCAGGAUGGCAGGGAAUGGAAGCAGCAGCCCCUCUGUGAGGGGUGCUCUGGGCUCUUCUGUUCUUGGUUUUGGAGGCUGGCAAGGAAUUGUGGGAUCAAUGACAGAGUCUGCAGUCUUGAGAGGCUUGUUAAAAUGUGUGGCUCUGAACCUUUGCUUACAGUGUGCUGUCAAAGGACUGCUUUGGGAAAACAGCUGAGAAAGAAGUGGGACAAGAGCAUCAAGGGCUAGACAGGGAUGUGGUGGUCCAGCCCAUGGGCUUCCAACUUGUGACUGAAAAUGAGCAAUGGAGACGUUCUACCUGUUAUAUUGAUGAGGACCUUGGUGCAUGACUUGGGUGCACCUCAGCUCUCCACAUCUCUGCCUCAGCAUGAGCAGCAACAGAAGACAGCUGUGGGCAGGGGCAGCACCUCAGGAGCACCCAGGCAUGCUGCAUGGAGCAGCAGUGCUUAAUGGGAUCACCAUUGCUCAGCUGCCAAGCUCCCUUGCCAGAUGGCACCGUCUCUACGCUGCGACACUGGAGCAGAGGGAGGAAAAAUGCCAGCUUCUCUAAGAAAACUGCAGCAAAUGGCUGUUUUCAUGGGACUGUUCAGCGGUGGGGGAUGCAUCGUGAUGUAUAAUCUUAUGCAAAGUAAUCUUGAAAGUUUUGCCAGGACCCAGUAUUACCAGCAAGCUUUGGAGCAACUGAACAGCAAUCCUGAUGCCCUGGAAGCCCUGGGUGCCCCCCCUCUUAAGGUUCACAACAUCCACCUGACAGAUGGGAGCAAUCGCGUGGACAUGGAAAGAGCCCAGAUAAAGUUACCAGUCUCUGGAACAAAAUCAGCGGGCUACCUGUACAUUAACUCGGAGAUGGACCACUCCCAUCAGCGCUGGUGCCUUCGGGAUGUCACCUUGGAACUGCGGGAUGGUCAGAAUAUUCCCGUGUACCACUCUCCGGUGGAAAGCAUUGGUGUGCAAGAAGGCUAAAAAUCAGGGACAGCUGCAUCUCCGCCUCCCAUUGAGCCGAAGGAGCCAUUAAUCGAUUGCAUCCUGCUGAGUCUGUGAAUGUACACAGUUGUCACAAGUGACAGUUUCACUUAAGUGGGUGCUCUCAAGACAAUUUUCUCUCUAAGAUUGACCUCAUCAUUGUUGUAACUGUAAUUUGUUUCCUUUGCUGGUUUAUUCAUGUGUUUAACAGAAGCCUAAAAUAAAUACCUUGCAAAAGA